AUGACCAAGACCGAGUCCAUCGAGGCCCUUUUAUCGCCUUCCUUGAGGGUGUCCAGACCCGUUGCGGCCUGCGCCAGAUGUCGAUCUGCGAAGAUCAAAUGCGAUGGAAAAUUGCCCGCUUGUACUGCUUGUGAGAGAUCUGGCAAAUCCACCAGCUGCACCAGUGCCAACGACGAAUUUGCUCGAGGCAAGGAACGAAGCUAUGUUGCGGCUCUGGAAGCUGCGGCUCAACGGCUACAAAAGAAGAUCGAUGUUGCUCGAGCAGAGGCUGCCAGUCAGCGGACGUUGUCCGGCACUCAGUCGGUGACAGGGCGCCCUCCUCAGCGACGAAAGAUAAGCGGAGCCCGCCGAAAGGAGGCCUCAGAUGUCGACGAGUUGGUCAGUGACUUUGGUUUUCUCACCGUCAAUGCCACAUCCCGUGAUUUCCACGGGUUUACCUCAACCAUGUCAUUUGCGAAGCUUCUCCUGUCAGCAGCGGCGCGAGAGGAGCUACCCGCUCUCGAAUCUCGAGGGCUGCCCCCACGAUACGCUAUCACUCCUAUGAUCAAUCAAUAUCUCGAAAAUGUAUACGUGCUGUUCCCUUUCUUCUCCGAGACAGAUCUAAUGUCAAGUCUGUCCCGCAUCUACCAUGAGUCUUCGGCAAUCUCAUCAACCGUUACGCCAUUGGACGUGUGGAAUGUGCGGCUGAUCCUGGCCAUUGCGUAUGCCUCGAAUUCGCAACGCAAAGGAGAUGAGAAUGACAAGACGGCGCUACAGCACAUGUCGGCGGCCAGAGGACUAGCUGGCUAUGUGUUACAUCCUGGAUCGAUUGCCGGAGUACAAGCUCUUCUCCUGCUCGUACAGUAUUCAUUGGUAGACCCUGCACACUACGACCCCUGGUACCUCGUGGGCAUGGCUGCCCGCCUCAUGGUCGAUCUCGGGCUGCACUGCGAGCCACCGCCAGAGACAAAGAUCAGCAAGAAUACAUUGGACCUGCGGCGAAGGAUAUUCCACUGUGUAUACGCUCUUGACCGUCUUGUCAGCAUGUCCCUUGAUCGAGCAUUCUCAUUCACUGACGACUCCGCCUCCGAGGUGCCUUUACCUGAAUCAGCAUCCGACCCUUCUCCAUCCCAAGUGUUUCUGCAUUCGGUCAAACCAUGCCUCUAUUUGUUCGAUAUUCGUCGCGUUCAGUCAGCCUUCUAUCAGAGUACAAGGUGGUCUUCUCGAUCUCGGUGGCCUCUGGCGACGGCGGCCACCUAUUCCAGUUCUGUAUCGAACGAUAUUCACGCUUGGUAUUCUACCAUUCCCGCGACAUUAUCACAGCCUCAUCUGAUGCUUUUCAAUCUUGAAAGGCUGUAUUGCCAAAUCCUGGUAGUUUCGCCAAACCAGCGGGUUCCCGCGAGCAGCAUGACGGAUCUCAACAAGGAACUCGUGUUCGAAUAUUCGGCGCAGUAUGCCGACCUUCUGCAGCCUAUCACGCAAGACGUUACCUGGCACGCAUACUUAACAUUCGCCGAUAUCAGUCGAGCGAAAUACGUGGGACAGAAGUUCCUGGAAGUCAUGUGGUCUGAUUUUGAUCGACUCGUAAAAACCACACAUUCCAUUCGUGAAGGCUCGCCUCUCGCCAACAAUGUACCUCUAGACAAUGGCCAACGGGCGGCCAUCUGCCUCCGCAAGAUUAUUGAAAUUCUCGACUUUGCACGGCAUCGCUGGUCAAUGCCGGAAAUGCGGGAAAAGUUUGAGCAAGAAUCGGCCGUACUCUUUUCACGAUUGAAAAGCAGGCAGAUGGAACGAGGCACUGCGCAGUAUCCGAGCACGGUCAAUGUCAAUGCUCCGGUGACCACCAAUGUCGGAUAUGGCAGUAUGGCAAGCAACAGUUUUCCAGAUACAAACGCCUAUCCGUACGAUGGACCAGCCAUGAGCCAGCUCCCGAGUCCUCCAAUCAAUCAUGACCCUGUCCAACCUAGUAUGCAGCAGCAAGCAAUGCUGACUCCACCAGAAGACUAUCACAUGCCAACGCUGUACCCCAUGCCGCAAGGGUCGCUGCCUCGACGGAGCUAUGAAUUUUAUGGUGGACGCAGUUGA